ACUGAUCAGUGGCUUGCCUUCGGCAUCCACGAGCCUAAGAAAGAUCUGAAGUAUCCCCUGAACUCGAACAUCAGCUCCCAAGACGGCUAUCUCGACAUUGGACAAGUAACUAAACUCGUCACGAAAUUGUUCAACGGAAAGCUUAAGCCAACAAUAAAAUCGCAAGCUAUCCCCACCGUGCAAGAAUCUGCAGUCAUCAAGAUCGUCGGGCUGAACUAUCAGGACGUCAUCCUCGACAAUAACAAGGAUGUUCUCAUUGAAUUUCUUGCCUGCAGAUGA